CCCAGUUACAUCCACCCCUGCUGUCCCGACCACCAGGAAGAUGCGUUCCAGCGCGCACUCCCUGACACAGCGAAAGCUCUCGGACUCCUUCACGGCGACCAAGCGUUCAGCGUCUAAUGCUUCCUCAAAGCAGAAGCAGAAGGCUGAAAAUAUCUCCGGUUCCGUCAUCAACCUCACCUCGGACAGCAGCGAUGAAGAGCAGGAGGUUGAAGAUAAGCCGGCCAAGCGCUCAGAGGAAGAAGUUGCUGCUGCUCCUGCCCCCGCUCCCAAGCGCCGCAAAAUCGCAAGGGAUACUUCCGCAGCGAAUGUUGCGGAGAAGCUGCAAGCUGCACAAGGGAAGAAGGCGAGGAAGAACGGGGAUGCGGCGCCUCCCGCAUUGAAUGAGAACGCCAAGCAACCAGCUGAGGGCAAGCUUUUGGAGCUCAAGCACAGCGAUAAGAAAUGGAAUAAAGCGUUCAAUGCCGCGAAGGCAAAGAAUGGACACCUAGCAACCAUCCACACCGAAGGCCAGAGCAAGGUUGCUCAUAUCCUCCGCUCAUUUGACCUGUCCUAUGAGUAUGGCCCAUGUGUAGGUGUUUCCCGUCUCGAGCGUUGGGAACGCGCAGAGGCACUAGGCCUCAACCCACCUCCGGAGGUCCGCGACAUCCUUACCACCAGGCAAGGUGUCGAAGCGGAUGAACUCUCGCAAUGUGUAUUCUAUGGCGAGGUUUGAGGCUGCAUGCCCUUCGUACUUCACCGGCUUCUCACGACGGACCACCAUCUCUCGGUAUUCUCGCGACACAUUAUUUCACCCGUACCUGUAUUAUAUACCUACAUAUUUGCGGCUGCUAUGAGAAGUAUCCUGUCGUCUCCUGUCAUGUAUUGUAGAGUAGGUUUGAAUGCAUCAUGC